UAAAGCAGUGAACCUCGUUGUUCUAACCAAUAAGAGAAGAGUGUGGAUGAGUGAAUAAAAUCGGACUCAAAAAUCAAAAUGAGGAAAGUGAGAAAGAAACUCUUGCAUUUGGGGUCUUUGCACGACAGACCAUUCCAAGGAAGAAAUAGAGAGAGCCAAUUGGGAUCAUUCAAGUCAACUGCCGUGUUGAGCAGAUCUUUCAACAUCAUCUAUUCUAAAUUAUAUUGAAUUCUGCACUAACACAAAGUUCAAAAAACUGAUGAGUUUUUAGGAAUAUCAUUUCACUCCUGUUUGUUUUGUUUACGCUUUUGUGUGUGGUUGUUUUGGUUUUUUAUUAUUUUCCGGGAAUUUCCAUUUCAAUGGAUGUUCCCUUCAUUCUUCCUAUCUUUCUCCUCUCUCAUCUUCUUCUUCUUCUUCACUCUUUCUCGGCCCAAGAAGACAACAAAAUCCGGAUUACUUGUCCCAAAUCCUUCGACUGCAAACCAUUCCAUCAACCACUAAGCUUUCCAUUAUCCAAUUCUACGUAUUCCCAAUGUGGGUUGUGCACGGUAACUUGUGAACCGAAUCAACCUCCACAAAUUCAACUGGGAAAUGAAGGGCCGUGGUAUGAUGUAGUAGCAAUAGAGGAAAACUUAUCCGGUAACAUUUUCCAAAUCCAUGACAAAUUUCUCCAAACCCAAUUAGAAAAGAAAAGUUGCAAUGUCUUCAAGAAUUUGAGUUUUCCCAAUACUUCUUCUAUUUCAUUUACAAUCUAUCCAUAUCUCACCUUCUUCAAAUGCAACAAGAAUUUUGAUCCUGUUUCCCCCAAAGAAGAUCAUUUCACGGAUUUUCAUAAUUACACAAACUGCGAAGACUACAAUUUGUACUAUAAAUAUCCAGAUGAUGAUCUGUUAUCCUUUCCUGCUCCUCUUCCACCUAGCUGCUCAGUAAUUCAGCUGCCCGUGAAUUCAUCCAACACGAAUCCUAAUGUCGGUGACCCAUUCAAUCUGUUAACCGAUACCUUCUCUCUCGUAUUGCACGUGUCUGAGGAUUGUCUGAAGUGUUACCAGGGAGGAGGUCAAUGUCAAAAUGACAACCAGAAAUUUCACUGUGCAACCAAUGAAGUGGUUUCAAAAAGAAGGAAGUUGAUAUUGAUUCUCGGAACAGCUAUUGUUGGAAUUGUGAUUAUAGUAAUCCUAUUGUUCUGCAUCAUAAGGAAACUCGCACAAAAUGAUCAAUCCACAUUCUUUUGGAAGAAUAAAACAGAGAGCUACCAAAAUGUUGAGGCCUUUCUAAAGAAUUGUGGAUAUCUUACUCCAAAAAGGUACACUUAUUCUCAUAUCAAGAAAAUGACCAACUCCUUCAGAGUUAAACUAGGUCAAGGAGGCUAUGGUUGUGUCUUCAAAGGAAAGCUAGACAAUGGAUGCCUUGUGGCAGUGAAGGUUCUAAAAGGGUUGAAAGGCAGCGGAGAAGAGUUCAUUAACGAGGUUGCAACCAUUAGUAGGACUUCUCAUGUUAAUAUUGUGACUCUUAUGGGGUUUUGUUUUGAGGGUCGAAACAGAGCUCUCAUAUAUGAGUUCAUGCCUAAUGGAUCCCUUGAAAAAUUCAUUCAUGAUGGGAAUUCCUUGACAUAUCACCAAUUAGGGUGGGAAGCUUUGUACCAAAUUGCAGCUGGUAUUGCUCGAGGAUUAGAAUACUUGCACCGUGGUUGUAACAUGCGAAUUUUGCACUUUGACAUAAAACCUCAUAAUAUUCUUUUAGAUGAGGACUUUUGCCCAAAGAUCUCUGACUUUGGCCUCGCUAAAUUAUGCCCACGGAAAGAGAGUAUUGUAUCACUAUUGGGUGCCAGAGGAACAGCCGGCUAUAUUGCCCCAGAAGUAUUUUGUAGAAACUUUGGGGGAGUUUCACACAAGUCAGAUGUCUAUAGUUACGGAAUGAUGGUUCUAGAAAUGGUUGGAGGAAGAAAGAAUAUUGAUGUCGAAGUUGAUCGUACUAGUGAGAUAUACUUUCCACAUUGGAUAUACAAGCGACUUGAGCUAGAUGAAGAACUUGGAGUGCAUGGCAUUAUGAAUGAUGAGGCAAAUGAAAGUGCAAGGAAGAUGAUUAUAGUUGGCUUGUGGUGUAUACAAACAGAUCCCUUGCAUCGACCAUCAAUGAGCAAGGUGGUGGAGAUGCUAGAAGGCAGCAUGGAGUCCUUGCAAGUGCCGCCUAAGCCUUACUUAUCUUCUCUCCCAAGAUCAACUCCAGAUUCUUCAACUACAUUCAUGCCUUAACAUUGUACUAUUCACAAUGCAUACUUCUAUUGCUAAGCACGUUUAAUUUGUUGGUGUACUCAAUGUGCUGCUUCCAACGAUGGUUGCAAAAGUAGGUUUGGGAAUGCGAUGCCGAAUGUCAUAAAAGACGUCAAUAAAACCUUCAGUAACACAAAUUAAUUUUGAGAAAGAUGGUGUAAUUAUGUCUGACAGAAUCAUAUGACAAUUUAUGGCUUGAAAGUUUGUGGAAUUGUAAAAUAUGGUGAAUUAUGUUUAUGCAAAUUAGGGUUACGGAACUACUUGAAUUCAUUCUUGUUUAGAAUGGGGGAUACGCAACAAAAUAAGAACUUGGAAAAUUUGAUACUGAUCA